AUGAUUAUCAAGUCUUUCCUCACGCUCGCCAUCUUCGCAUCGGCCUCUGGCCUCGCCAUCAAUAAGAGAUUCGAUAAUGGCGACUUCCCAACUGGUGACACCGACCCCAAUGUUACGAGUGCAUUAACAACCACAGUCUCAUCCACCAAGGCAGUGUCUACAGUCUCUUCCUCGCUCCUGUCUACUACCACGGCGGCACCUGCUUCAGGUACGACCACCGGUGCGGGUAGCCCUUCCCCGACGCAAAGCGGCCUGAGCUCGAGCUGUGACGCGUUUUACUACGUUGAAGCCGGUGAUUCAUGCUGGGCAAUUGUCAAUUCGUACGGCAACUUUACGCUUAAUCAAUUCUACUCCUGGAAUCCGGCCGUCAAGUCCGACUGCUCCGGCCUACAACCGGACUAUUAUGUCUGCAUCGGUGUCGCCGGAUCCACCACAGUAGCCUCGCAGACGACGCUUCCUGCUACCACUACUGCUUUAGCAGCUACCUCUACUGGGUCUUAUCUGCCUGAGCAGACGGGAAUAGCACCUAACUGCAAUAGAUAUUACUAUGUUCAACACGGGGACACUUGCUCUGACAUCGCUACCAACCAGGACAUCAGCCUAAAUGACUUCUACUCCUGGAACCCAGCUGUGGGAACAACCUGUAGUGACCUGGAGGCUGACUAUUGGGUCUGCGUAGGUGUUUCUGGUGGUGCCACCGCAACCACCACAACAUCUACCUCCACAUCUAUCUCAACAGUAGGCAGCACAACACCCACCAGCAACGCUCCAUCUCCCACCCAAUCGGGCCUAGUAGGUGACUGUUCCACCUACUACGAAGCCAAAUCCGGAGACAGCUGCUGGUCCAUUGUCAACGACAAAUACACCUACCUAACGACCUCCCUCUUCGAAGAAUGGAACCCCGCCGUCGGGUCAGACUGCGGUAACCUGCAACCGGGAUACUAUUACUGUGUGGCGACGCAGAAGCAGGCGCCAAUGCCCGACACGAUCCAUACAUGCAAGAAGUGGCAUUUGGUAUCUGACGGGGAUAAUUGCUGGUUAAUAGAGCAGGACGCAGGUGUUACUGCGAGUCAGUUCAAUACGUGGAAUCCGUACGUGGGUUCUUCUUGUGCAAAUUUGUGGUUGGGGUAUUGGGUUUGUGUGGGUAUUUGA